AUGCGUUUGUUCAAGCGAACAGUCACAAAUACUUCAUCAUACUGCAAUACUUUCAUCAUAAUGACAUCAGGAGGUGCUGUCGCGGAAUCUGAAUCUCCACGACUUAUUCACUGUCGGAAUAAAAGAUCUUUAAAUUCUUCUACUUUCCUUUUUUGUCGCCUUUUAUAUUCCUUGUCUCUUUCCCUCAAGGUUUUUGAUUUACCCUUUCUCUCCAUUCCAUCUUCAUUCUCUCUCUUUCUCGCUAUCAGGUUUUCAAUCUCACACUUUCUGUCUUUAUUCUCUUUUUCUCUUCAUUCUGCCUUUCUCUUUUUUCCCUUCAGUCUUCAUUCUUUCUCCGUUCAGCCUUUAUUCCCUAUCUCUUUUUCUCCAUUCAGUCUUCAUUAUCUCUCUCUCUAUAUCUUGCCGUUCAUUCUCUCUCUCAUCGCGUUCAGUCUUCAUUCCCUCUCUCUCUCACCGCGUUCAGUCUUCAUUCGCUCUCUCUCUCAAUGUGUUCAUUCUAUCUCUCUCAACGCGUUCAGUCUUCAUUCUCUCUCUCUCUCUCUCAACGCGUUCAGUCUUCAUUCUCUCUCUCUCUCUCAACGCGUUCAGUCUUCAUUCUCUCUCUCUCUCUCUCAACGCGUUCAGUUUUCAUUCUCUCUCUCUCUCAACGCGUUCAGUUUUCAUUCUCUCUCUCUCUCAACGCGUUCAGUUUUCAUUCUCUCUCUCUCUCUCAACGCGUUCAGUUUUCAUUCGCUCUCUCUCUCUCAACGCGUUCAGUCUUCAUUCGCUCUCUCUCUCUCUCUCAACGCGUUCAGUCUUCAUUCGCUCGCUCUCUCUCUCUCUCAACGCGUUCAGUCUUCAUUCGCUCGCUCUCUCUCUCUCUCAACGCGUUCAGUCUUCAUUCGCUCUCUCUCUCUCUCUCUCUCUCAACGCGUUCAGUCUUCAUUCGCUCUCUCUCUCUCUCUCUCUCUCAACGCGUUCAGUCUUCAUUCCUCUCUCUCUCUCUCUCUCUCAACGCGUUCAGUCUUCAUUCGCUCUCUCUCUCUCUCUCUCUCUCUCAACGCGUUCAUUCUUCAUUCGCUCUCUCUCUUAAAAUGUUCAUUCUAUCUCUCUCAACGCGUUCAGUCUUCAUUCGCUCUCUCUCUCAACGCGUUCAGUCUUCAUUCGCUCUCUCUCUCUCAACGCGUUCAGUCUUCAUUCUCUCUCUCUCUCUCAACGUGUUCAUUCUCUCUCUCUCUCAACGCGUUCAGUCUUCAUUCUCUCUCUCUCUCUCUCUCUCAACGCGUUCAGUCUUCAUUCUCUCUCUCAACGCGUUCAGUCUUCAUUCUCUCUCUCAACGCGUUCAGUCUUAAUUCUCUCUCUCAACGCAUUCAGUCUUCAUUCGCUCUCUCUCUCUCUCUCAACGCGUUCAUUCUUCAUUCGCUCUCUCUCUUAAAAUGUUCAUUCUAUCUCUCUCAACGCGUUCAGUCUUCAUUCGCUCUCUCUCUCUCAACGCGUUCAGUCUUCAUUCGCUCUCUCUCUCUCAACGCGUUCAGUCUUCAUUCGCUCUCUCUCUCUCAACGCGUUCAGUCUUCAUUCGCUCUCUCUCUCUCAACGCGUUCAGUCUUCAUUCUCUCUCUCUCUCUCGACGUGUUCAUUCUCUCUCUCUCUCAACGCGUUCAGUCUUCAUUCUCUCUCUCUCUCUCUCAACGCGUUCAGUCUUCAUUCUCUCUCUCUCUCUCAACGCGUUCAGUCUUCAUUCUCUCUCUCUCUCUCAACGCGUUCAGUCUUCAUUCUCUCUCUCUCUCUCAACGCGUUCAGUCUUCAUUCUCUCUCUCUCUCUCUCUCAACGCGUUCAGUCUACAUCCUCUCUUUCUCUCUCUCACUGCAUUCAGUCUUCAUUUUCUCUCUCUCUCUCUCUCUCUCUGCGUUCAGUCUUCAUUCUCUCUCUCUCUCUCCAAUCCACUUUCAGUCUUCAUUCUCUCUCUCUCUCUCUCUCUCUCAAUCCACUUUCAGUCUUCAUUCUUCCUUCUCUCUCUCUCUCUCUCUCUCUCUCUCUCUCUCUCCAGUCAUCAUUCUCGCUCUUUUCCUCCCGUUCAGUCAUUCUCUCUCGACCUCCCCAGUUUACUCUUCAUUCUCUCUCCGCCCCGGUUCAGUCUUCAUUUUCUCUCCCCCACCAUUCAGUCUUUAAUCUCUCACUCCACUUUCAAUCUUCCUUUUCUCUCCCUCUCUCUCUCUCUCUCACUCUCUCUCUCCAUUUAUUGUCCCUUUGUUUUCUCUUUCUUUCUCUUCGUUUAUUCUUCUCUUCUUAAAAUAACCCACUCCUUUGUGUCACUGUUUCUCUUUGUUUUUUUCUUUUCAUUUCCUGUGUUCGUAUUCUCGUCCUGUCCAGAGUCACAACCCGUGAGAUUUCAAUGA